GCACACAUUUUCAAUCUAUAUACGAGGAGUUUUGGAUAGCAUUGGAAGCUGCACAGUGCACAUCCCAAACGUGCUUUCGCCACUAUACAUGAUAUAAAGAAAUCCGUCUUCAUCUUUGUACUUGCUGUAAAUAUCUGACAUGGUGACGCCUGACGGUUACGCAAGGGGUUAGAAGCUGUUUCUUCGGAGAGCUUCUCAAGUGUUAGGCAAUUUAGAAUGCAGAAUGCUAGAGCCUUCGUGACAUAUAGUCGUGCAUACCCUAUUCAUAUGUGUUCUUAUCUCACACAAGAAUUUACCAACUGAAAUAUGUUGUGCAUUGUACCGCAUAUACAUACAGGGAUACAUUCUGGAUACUUUGCGCGAAUUUUGCUUGAAACUUCUUUUCUUUUUUCUAGAUUGGUUGGAUUCAGAGAGACGGUUAAUACUGCCCAACACAUAAAGAACUGUUUCAUCUUUCCUCUUCUUACCAAGCGGGUGUUCUAGUUUGAACCUUGGCUUUGUCAUUUGAAGGAGUGUCUUACCUCACAAUAGAGGGGGGUUUAUGAGAGAAAUGCACUGGGCGUGCUUUUGUGUACGUUUAGUACAGUCCAAAAAACUGAAUCUUAUCCAUUGCCAAACAAAUUAUUUCGUUUUUUUAAAAUUUUGAGUAGUCAACCAUAAAGUAGCCACAGAGAGGAAUCUAAAAGAACCCAUAAAGGGAUUAUCGAAAGGUUUCGCUGUGGUUUUGUGGCUCGAUUGCGGUUCGGUGUGGACGCACAUUUGACGGCCAUUGAGGAGGGAUUUGCAAAAUUUUUUCGGAGUGCUUUGGCAAUUCGAGAAUCGAAUUCUCUGCGGAAAGCACGUGCCUGAGAGAGUGAACUGCAGCGAUAUGGGGUUCGAAAGGUUAUAUUUGUGUAAUACAUUUUACGUAAUUUGGUGCUCUUCAGCUGGUACCAAUGGAGGGAUAGAGAGUUCAGAGUUGUGAAAAUGUGUCUCGCGGAACGCGUUUUUGCUGUAACCCCCUCUGUACAAGGCGUUUUCGAUAUGAAGUGUGUGGCGCAAGGUUCAUAUAUGGUUGAUGAACGCAUCAAUAUUUUUUCUCUUUGCUUCUACGAGUAGAAAGUUAGUCGUCGUUUGCUUUCCUGGACAGGGAGAGCGUUUGCGACUAUUUGUAUGUAUAAGCACGAAGAAGGAAAUGGCGGUUUAGUGAGUUAGGCAGGCUCAUUUUAUUCUUUGUGUACACGUGUAUAUGUGUUGUUUUUUGUUAAAGAGGAAUUGUAUAUGGCUACAGUCAUUUCAUUGUGUGCGGGUUCGCAUGUGUGGGGCAAGUGCGCGGCUUCUGUUCUCGUUUGUGAUGUUUGUUUGAUGUUGAUGCGUUGGCAUAGUUUUUGGAUCGCUUUACAUUAGAGAUGGCAGACAAGCUCCCUGUUCUUGGAGCUUCACAUAGUCCGGUUGGUCGCCUCAAGAGUUUUUUUUCUUCUUUAUUCGGUCGCAGUAAGGGCGACGGGUGGGAAGAGCAGAAAGGGAAGGAUGGUGAUGCAGAUCGAGUUGUUGAGAACAGAAUGUCCGAGGUCAAAGACGCUGAGCCGCAGAAAGUUGAGGCAUUUGAGCGAAGUCACGACAGUCUGAACACCAGGAGUACGUUUGCUGGUGUAGGUAAUGAGGUGGGGGGUAUGCGGGACAAUUUAAAUGCGGAAAGGAGAGUUCCUAGGUUGAUAGACGCGAUAACGGAAUCAUCGGAGCAACUGCGUAUGAGUGAGUAUUUGGGUCAAUCGUUUGGCAACAGAAGGUGGGAUACUCAAUCUAUGCCGGUAGUGUCUUCGAACAAGAAGAAGAGAGGUUUGAAUCAGCAGAUGUCUGGUGGUGAUUUUAGAGGGUAUUCUCCGGCUCGUCAAAAGAGACUUAAGGGUAGUGGAGACAGAGAUGAUCGCGAUCGGUCUUCUGAAAAUGAAGGCGUAUCGUCUAUAGAUGGUGGGAUUAAUGGGGAUUGGCACGUUGAGGGGUCUGGGUUGAUUAGGCCUGCAACAAGAUAUAGUUUUACUGCUAAAAGGACAUUAGAUACGGCUAGGAGAAUCAACAAGUUGGCGUCUUUAACUGGUCAAGACAAGUACCAGGAAUAUUCAUAUGGUAUCAAGCGCCAUAACCGCCAGUCCUACGAUUCUGCGCCGCCGCCUAAGAUAAGUUCACUUAGUUCAACUGAGCCGACACCCAGAACUACUCGAAAACGUCCAUUACCCAGCCUAGACUUACCUCCAUCUACAUCUUUACUGGAAACUGCUGCUAUCUUAUCAGAGUCUAAACGCAAGGCUACAGUGCCUAAGGCUGCGCCAUUGGAGCCGAGGAUUCGACCGGCGGCUGAAACUUCUCGUGAGGGUUCUUUGAAGGAGUCGGUGAAGUCAGUCGAACCGAUGGAACCGGUGAAGCCAACAGAGCCAAUUAAAUCAAUGGGGCCCACGAAGUCAAUAGGACUAACGGAACCAACGGAACCAACGGAAUCAACGGAACCAACGAAACCAACGGAACCAACGGAACCAACGGAACCAACGGAACCAACGGAACCAACGGAACCAACGGAACCAACGAAACCAACGGAACCAGUAAAACUAACGGAACCAGUAAAACUAACGGAACCAACGAAACCAACGGAACUAGUAGAACCAACGGAACCAGUAGAACCAACGGAACCAACGGAAUCAACGGAACCAACGGAAUCAACGGAACCAACGGAACCAAUUAAAGCAACAGAGCCAACGGAACCAAUUAAAGCAACGGAAUCAAUGAAGCCGAAGGAAUCAGCAGAAUUGAUGAAAUCAAUGGAACCAAUAGGAUCAACUAAACCAACGAAACUAGCGGAGCCAAACGAACUAAUGAGAUCAAAUGAGGAGCCAACAAAUCCAAUGGAGUCAAUAGGAUUAAAGAAAUCAAGUGAUGAUACCAAGGAUCCUUCUGAUGGUCGUCGUCAUAGUAUUUUUGGUGGCAAGAUGCCUUCAUCUGAUAAGGAAUUAGAAAUGUCUAUAUUCUCAAAGUUUUCAUCGAGUAUAGGAAAAUUGAAUUCAGACCCUUUUGCAGAGGCUUCCAAAUUCUCACCUGGCUCUUCUGCAGUGCAUGCGUUUUCUUUUAAACCGUCUCCUCGUAAAAACUUAGUUAAUGCCGAUGUACAGGAAUUGAGAGAAGAAGAAAACCGAGACGGAAAGGGUGACUUGAAUGCCACACCGUCGUCAAUAGAACAGGAGUCUUUGAAAAAUGAAGUUUCGGGAGACCACAAAGAAGGAAGUACACCAUCUGUUUCAGAAUCUGAUAAAGCAGAACUUGACAAUUCAGAAACCCAAGUGAGUAAAAACCGCACAUUGGAUUCUGAAUCCAACUCUCGUCUUUCUAUAUUUAAAUCAAUCGAGCCAUCUUCAGAAACUGACAAGCCUUCAUGGUCAAUGUCAUCUAAUAAAUUUGAUUUUGGUCGGAAUUUCGAAUCCAAGAAGCGAUCUUCUGCAUCAUUUGGCUCAGAUUCAAAUUAUUCACUUGGUUCCAAAAUUAAUGAGAACGAAGGAACCAGUGUACCACCUGCCAAGUUUUCAUCUGACUCUAAAGUCAACGAGAGUGAAGGAAGUAAUGCACCACCUGCCAAGUUUUCAUUUGGCUCUAAAGUCAGUGGAAAUGAGGGAACUGAUGCACCACCUGCCAAGUUUUCAUUUGGCUCUAAAGUCAGUGGAAAUGAGGGAACUACUACACUACCUGCCAAGUUUUCAUUUGGCUCUAAAGUCAAUGAAAAUGAAGGAACUAACGCGCCACCUGCCAAGUUUUCAUUUGGCUCUAAAGUCAAUGAAAAUGAAGGAACUAACGCGCCACCUGCCAAGUUUUCGUUUGGCUCUAAAGUCAACGAGAGUGAAGGAAGUAAUGCACCACCUGCCAAGUUUUCAUUUGGCUCUAAAGUCAAUGAAAAUGAAGGAACUAACGCGCCACCUGCCAAGUUUUCAUUUGGCUCUAAAGUCAACGAGAGUGAAGGAAGUAGUGCACCACCUGCCAAGUUUUCAUUUGGCUCUAAAGUCAAUGAAAAUGAAGGAAGUAGUGCACCACCUGCCAAGUUUUCAUUUGGCUCUAAAGUCAACGAGAACGAAGGAGGUAGUGCACCACCUGCCAAGUUUUCAUUUGGUUCUAAGGUCAAUGAGAACGAAGGAAGUAGUGCACUACCUACUAAAUUUUCAUUUGGCUCUAAAGUCAACGAGAGUGAAGGAAGUAAUGCACCACCUGCCAAGUUUUCAUUUGGCUCUAAAGUCAGUGGAAAUGAGGGAACUGAUGCACCACCUGCCAAGUUUUCAUUUGGCUCUAAAGUCAACGAGAACGAAGGAGGUAGUGCACCACCUGCCAAGUUUUCAUUUGGCUCUAAAGUCAAUGAAAAUGAAGGAACUAACGCGCCACCUGCCAAGUUUUCAUUUGGCUCUAAAGUCAAUGAGAACGAAGGAGCUAAUGCAUCGCCUGCGAAAUUUUCAUUUGGUACCUUUGGCAGCAAUGAACCCUUUCUAUCAACUCCCAAACCACCAGCCCGUUUCGGGAGCAAUGAAGGUAACGGUGUCAAACUUGGUUCUGAAUUGAUAUUUGGGGAUCAAGCUGGAAAAGUCGCAUCUCCAUUCAGUAGUUCAUCGAAACCGACAGGAACAUUUUAUCAAAGCACCCUGGAUACUCAGAAGGCUCCUUCUUCUAUUGGAGGCUCGUUUUCCGCCUAUCAAGGUCAAAAUUCGUUCGGUCAAAAUGGAUGGAGUAACAGCACGACGUUCAAUUCACUGACUGACAAUCAUCAGAAUGCCAAUCCGUUCAGUACACAAAUGCCAUCUGUCAAUCAAAGCACACAAAUUCCACCUGUCAAUCAAGGUACACAAGUACUGCCCGUUAAUCAGAGCAUGCAAAUGUCACCUGUCAAUCAUCUGUUUGGUACAUCUCAGCACGGGCCUUUUUCUGAGAACCAAGGUUCUGGAUCUCAUUAUUCUUCUGGUCCGUUUUCUUACAACGCGAAUGACGCGGUCUCUAAGCACGGUCCUCCCCAGGGAUUUGAGACAUGCCCACCUCAGAACUUCGGUUCAUUCGGUUCUUCGGCUCCUCAGACGGGCUUCGGCACAGCUGAAGUGCCUUCAUUUUUGUCAUCUCCGUCUCCGUUCGGCUCUGCUGUCGCAUCUCCGUCUCAACUGUUUGGUAGCGCGCCUGUACAGCAGCCCGCUUCUUUGGACGACAUUCAAUUCAAACUUCCAGGGACUAGCAGCAACACAGGCGGGUUCAACAGUGGACCUAGGCGCACCGUGAGGAGAAUGCCCCUCAAGCGUUGAAGAAGUGGCUUGUUUUUUCACCCCAUUUUUCGCAAUUUUUUAAUAUACGUAAUAUGCAAGAAUUUCGGUACAAAAGAUACACCAUUAUUUUCAAUGUCUACAAACGAUCAGUUAGAUCGCACGGCUGCUAAGCCCGUCAGGUACAAAACGGGCCAAGAUAGCCGACAAGGAGAUACCUUGCAGAAGAUAAGUGGACUUGUAGCUGUUGGAUUGUUAUCUGGUGCAUUGGUAUAUGGGUACAGAGCGAGCACCAAAGGCAGCAACAUGAGUAAUAUUCGGGCGAUGGGAGCGAGAAUAGGUAUUCAGGCAGGUAUCUUUAUUGCUGCGUUGGGCGCAUGGACUUGGGUCAGUUAUGGCUCGCCGAAGAAUUUCUACGAAUCUUUCAAAGGGGGGAAACUAGGUGAGAGCAAUUCGAAGGCGCUUCAAUCCUCGAUGUCGAAGAAGCAUGAAUAAAUUUUUCUGUUUCGGGUU